CCCUCCUUAGCAGGUGCAGGCCUUUCUUCUCCGCCAUCUCUGCAUCUGUUAAAAAUUUUUGGCUUUUUUUUUUCAAGAAAAUACAAUAAUCCCAUAUUCACUUCCAUUUCUCUUGAUUCCAGCAAAAAUAUUUCGAGAAAAAAAAAUCUUUUUCUGCCACUAUAUUCCUGUUGAUAACAAAUAAAUAGUUAGCAAGAAACAAAUAAUGCCGUCAUUGGAGGAAGAACUUUUCCCAUCAACGCCGGGGAAGUUCAAGGAUAGAGGAGGAGCCCAUAGCAUGAACCGGCAGUUCUACAGAUGUUUCGCUUCGACGAGUACCAUGUUCUUAUGGGCUCUUUUCUUGAUUGCUCUGACUGCGUCGUACUUGAGUUUCCAAUCUUUCGUGGACUCCGGCUCCCGUUAUUUCUCCUCCGCUUGGGGUGGCCACCAUUGGGAGAAACAAGUUAAGAGCUCUGCCCAGAUCCACCGGGCCAACGGGUUUUCCGUUCUCGUCACAGGUGCAGCCGGUUUCGUCGGGUCCCACGUCUCCCUCGCUUUAAAGAAACGGGGAGACGGCGUCGUUGGGUUCGACAACUUCAACAACUACUACGACCCGUCGUUGAAGAAGGCCAGAAAAGCGCUUUUAAACUCGCACAACGUUUUUAUCGUGGAGGGAGAUGUAAACGACGCUAAGUUGAUAGCGAAGCUCUUCGACAUUGUGGAGUUUACCCACGUGAUGCAUUUGGCGGCUCAAGCCGGCGUCCGAUACGCCAUGGAGAAUCCUCAUUCUUAUGUUCAUAGCAAUAUAGCCGGCUUGGUCACCCUUUUAGAGGCUUGCAAGAACGCCGAUCCUCAGCCGGCUAUUGUUUGGGCCAGCUCCAGUUCUGUUUACGGGUUGAAUGAAGACGUUCCGUUUUCCGAAUCGGAUCGUACUGACAGACCCGCUUCUCUCUACGCCGCAACCAAGAAGUCCGGUGAAGCUAUUACGCACACGUACAAUCAUAUCUACGGGUUGAGCAUUACCGGGUUGAGGUUUUUCACGGUUUACGGGCCCUGGGGAAGACCCGACAUGGCGUACUUCUCUUUUACCAAGGGUAUCCUGCAAGGUAAACCGAUUACGAUCUACCGGGGCAAGAACCGGGUCGACUUGGCCCGGGACUUUACGUACAUUGAUGACGUGGUGAAAGGGUGCGUGGCGUCGUUGGACACUGCCAAGAAGAGUACCGGGUCGGGUGGAAAGAAACGGGGCCCGGCUCAGUAUCGGAUCUUCAACUUGGGGAACACGUCGCCGGUGACGGUGCCGAUGAUGGUGGGGAUACUGGAGAGGCAUCUCAAGGUUAAGGCUAAGAAGAAUUACGUGGAUAUGCCUGGAAACGGUGACGUUCCGUUCACUCAUGCGAAUAUAAGCUUGGCCCGGAGAGAACUCGGGUAUAAGCCCACAACCGAUUUACAAACCGGGUUGAAGAAAUUUGUUAAGUGGUAUCUCGCAUUUUACGGCCACAAUCAUGGCAAGUCUGUAAAGCUAUGACAGGAGUAAAAUUCUUUUCAAUUUUUUUUUUUGGAAAAAUUUUCCUGCUGUAUUGUAGUUUUUUUUUUUUUUUUACCUCCUUUUUAAUUCUUCUUGUCACGGGAAGAAGAAAGGAAUGGAAAUGGAUAAUCCAUGUAAGCAGGAUAAAAGGAAAAGAAAGAAAAGAAAAGAUGAAUAGUAGUUACGUUAUUCUUUUCUUGAGGAAGAGGAGAGGUGAAGAUUGACUCCUUUUUCCUCGGUUAGAGCUGCCGGUACUUUUUCUCUGUUUUUUUUUCCCUCUGUAAAGGAUAACAAAUUUCACAUUUUGGCUGGCCCAGAUUUUGCUUUUUGA